ACAAAAUUCUCCCAAAACCAUGCGCAUAUAAAUUGUAUGUAAUAUAUAUAUAUUGUAUAAAUGCAGAUUUUUUUUUUCUUUUAGGGUUAGGUUGUAAAGUGUAUAACUAUCUGUGUAUAAAAACAACAUCAAUCUAUGCAUUUUCCUCUUGCAUGUGUAAAUAUGUGAUGAAUGUACAAAUAGCUAAAUAGAUAAUUCCUAGAGUAAAAUCUCAAUGUACGAAGACGUGCACAUAGACAAGUACUGCAGCAAAUAAACAAGCCUUCCACUUUUGACUAUCCAUUUCCCAGAAAGUUCAAUAUUAGCUUCAGGCAGUUCUGGGGAGGAGGAGAUGCAUACAUUAGUCAGACGUCUACGUUAUGGGCCGGGGGUAACGUUAGUGGUCAAAAUAGUGACUUGUUAAUCUUUCAUCAUGAAUUCGAAAGUAUGAGGAAAACGCCUGACAGUGUAUUUAAGAGGCGGUAUCACCAUCAUCAUUAGUAAGGACAGUCUGUUCCUCUGCAAACACUGACGUCUGCAACAGACACUUGCUGGCAGGUGGUAGUGACAGUUGCUCUGUGGGCAAGAAGCUUCUUCUGCGACAAUGGGAGAGAGAGAGGCAUGCUUAUUUUCACCUGUUGCUCCUGCUGGGAACUGGAUUAAACACUGCCUGUCCACCCACUUCAGGCCUAAACACUCACUGGAGGAGGGUUCCCAAGGUGGCCACUGGUCAUCUCAGCCAUUUUGCACAAGAAAGAGACUUGUGGUGGCCCUUCUGGUCAUUUUGGCUUUGGUUGUCAUGAUGCUGCUCCUGCUGCUGAAUUAUUAUUGUAUCAUGGUCUGGCACUUGUGUCAGUGUGAAGAGUCUGUUCUCCCAUUGUUUCAAAACACCACACCAGAACUGGACAAGCUGCACUGAGAUGUUACACAUUUUGUUGUUUCAAUAUUUGGUGCACCCAUCUGGGAUGCAUUUAUAUGUAAUGCUGCUGUGUUUUUUCUUCUUCUUCUUUUUUUGUUUGAUAAACUAAAUAACACGGAAAUUUCCAGUGUGAGAUUUUUCAAUGUACUAUAUGUGUGUGUGAAGUAAGAAGGAAAUUAUUCACACUGUCAGGUUACUCGGUUUUUGAACUUUUAGUUUUGUAUUUAUUUAAAUGAUUUCCUAGGUUUGCCAUUACACUGGAAAUUAUGCCUAUUUCAAUUCGCAAAGUCACUGUAUUUAUCCAUUUAUUUAAAUCUGUUAAUCUUUAUCUAGCGAAGCUUGAAAUGUAGUUAAAUUCUCUUCAUAAAACCGGUUUUGUUUUAGCUUUGUGUGCUUGUGAAUCUUUAAACAGAAAUGUUUUGUGAGAAAAGCUAGUUUUCCUCUCAAGCCUUUCAAACAUACACAGAACAUCACCAAAACAUAACCUUUGCCAUAUUUUUGACGCCUCAUUCAAUCUAAGAUCUAGAUGUGUGGCCUUAAUUUAGUCAUUCUGUUUGUCAUAAAAUAAGCAUUAAUGCUCAUGCAUUCAAGUGGCCAGUAAUCCUCCCCAAAAUGUAGAUGAUGUCACAACUUCUCCUCCCUUUUCAACAGCAAACAGGAAAUUCUUACCACAUGGUGAGUGGUGCCUUGUGGAUACAAAGUAGGCCUGUAAAUGCAAAGUGUCUCCAUUCUUGGCAAGAAUUAUCUUAUUCAGAGCAUGCUGUCUGUGUCAGCUUUUGAAUAGAGGCUGCGGACAUUCAAAGAAGAGAAACCUUAAAUAAAACCGGUCUCCAUCACAUAAGUCCUGCUGCUCAUGAAUAACUCUAGAUUUAGUCAGCUGCACCAGCAGACACACCUUUAGUCACAUUUUAAACAGAUGAUGGAAGAAGAUUUAGGAAAGUUUGGAACACUCCCUUAUACAAAAAAAAAAAAGGUUGUAAUUAAUGCAGGACAUUUAUUAUUACAGCAACAACUAUUAUACAUCUAUCUGUAUUUCCAAACAAUCUUUAUAACAAUAAAACAUUUAUACUUGCAAAAUUGGUGUUUAUUACUAUUCUAAAGAAAUGGUUCUGCUGUUAACUAACUGGGCUUCUUUGUACAAGAGAAGUCUUUUCUCUUGUUAAGGAACUGGGCGGGUGGAGGGGUUGCCCUUGUUCCUUCACCAUCUAUAGCAGUAGGCAAACCCCAACUUUACUGAUGGAUAAACUGUUUGUUAAGUUUGUUGUCUCAGCGGUGCUCUUUCUGUUUGGAAUUGUGUCUAUUCUACUCCUGACUGUAUCCAUACAUGAAAUGAAGGAGCCACCACAGUACAUGUAUGGGGUUGUGAUGGACGCUGGGUCCUCACACACUGCUUUAUUCAUCUACAGAUGGCCGGCAGACAAAUUAAAUGGCACAGGCGUGGUCACCCAGCACAGCGAGUGUCAUGUCAAAGGAGGAGGAAUCUCUAGUUAUGCAGGGCAGCGGGGCGCAGCGGCCCGUAGCCUUGAGGGGUGCUUGAAGCAGGCCAUGCACGACAUUCCCCCAGACAGACAUCAUCGCACCCCUGUGUAUCUGGGAGCUACUGCUGGCAUGAGACUUCUGAAAAUUACCAAUCCUGACAAAGCAUCUCAGAUUCUCCAAGAAGUCAAACAAAAAAUCAAAUCCUUUCCUUUCAACUUUCGAGGAGCAGUAAUUCUGAGCGGUCAGGAAGAGGGGGUUUACGGUUGGGUCACUGUCAACUACCUUCUUGAAAACUUCAUAAAAUAUGGCUAUGUGGGCCGAUGGCUUAACUCUGGCAGAAAAACUGUCGGAGCGCUGGAUUUAGGGGGGGCAUCCACACAGAUCACCUUUGAGACCCCAGAGACGGUUGAGAACGAGUUGAACAGCAUGACUAUGCAUCUCUAUGGGCAGGAUUAUUCCCUCUACACGCAUAGUUACCUGUGUUAUGGUAAAGAAGAGGCUCUGCGCCAGAUCCUGGCCUACCUGAUUGAAUCGCAGGGUAAUACUAGCAAAGUGUAUCAUCCCUGCUACCCAUCUGACUUCACUGAUGUCUUCAAGCUGGAACAAGUGUUUGACUCUCCUUGUACAGUGUCUAAGAGACCCAAACCUUACAAUCCUCAUUCCUGGAUCAGGGUGCAAGGCUCCGGGGACUACCAAAGCUGCCUUGGCAACACUUCUAAUAUAUUUUCCUUCCAGUUCUGCCCCUUUUCUCAGUGUUCCUUUAAUGGAGUUUUCCAGCCCAACAUCAGCGGGAGCUUCAUGGCCUUCUCUGCAUAUUUCUUCACUCACAGUUAUCUCCAGCUGAGUACAGGGAUAAACAUCAGAACCUCUGCUCAGUUAGAGGAGGCUACCCGAACUGUGUGCAAUAUGACCAUAGAAGAGAUGACCAAGAAAGCUCCUGACUUGAAAAAAUACCUGAAGGAUUACUGUGCCAUCGCAGUGUAUAUACAAGUGCUAAUGCUAAGGGGUUAUAACUUUGAUGAGAGUUCUUUCCAAAAUGUUGCUUUUCAGAAAAAGGCAGGUGAGGUGUCUGUGGGCUGGGCUCUAGGUUAUAUUCUUAGUGUGAGCAGUCUUCUUCCAGAGGAACCUGCGGGCAUCAGGAAGGGCUUGUGUCCUGCAGCAUGGAUUGGCUUGUUGAUUCUCCUAACCGUCCUCCUCACUGCCACCGUCUGUUACAUGGCUCUCCUGAUUCGAAGGAAAAGGAAGGAUGAAGGUGUCUCAUAGCUCACUGCUAUGCCUACAGUUGUGUUUGGACAGACUAAACAAAACUUAAAUGCAUUCAUACUGUACUGUCUGUGUUAAUAUUGCAUCUAAUGUAACAUUUUUUUUUUUUUCAUCAAAACUUGUUAGGAAAUUAAAUUGAGGCACAAAAUGAAUAACACUACAUAAUAUUAUAUAUGGUAGCCCAUACUAUGGUGUAUCUGAUACCAUCACUGUUGUAUCUCAGCAAUGUUACUGUUUUAACAGAUUACAGCAAAGUUGUCUUUGUUUA